AUGAUCAUCCUCGACGGCCUCUUCAGCCUCGACUGGCGCACUUGGGCCGGUCUCGUGCUCGCCAUCCCCGUCCUCGUCCACCUCGUCCCGUACUUGCGCGACCCCUACGGGUUCCGCCGCUUCCCCGGACCCUCCAUUGCGGCACUGUCCGACAUCUGGCUGGGACGGGUCGCUGGUGAAGGGCAUCGCUCUGAGAGGGUGCAUGAGCUGCACCAGAAGCACGGAACGUUCAUCCGCAUCGCGCCCAACCACCUCUCCGUGGCCGACCCCGACGCUCUCCAGAUCGUGUACGGGCAUGGCACAGGAACCCUCAAGGCCAACUUUUAUGACGCCUUCGUUUCUAUCCAGCGCGGCCUCUUCAACACGCGUUCCCGACUCCAGCACGCUCGCAAGCGCAAAAUCGUGUCGGCUAUCUUCUCGCAGAAGAACGUUCUGGAGUUCGAGCCUCAUGUUCGCCACCACCUCUCCGCGCUCUUUGGUCAAUGGGAUCGCCUCUGCGAUGGUGGUGUGAAGGGUAUCUCUGGCGACGAAGGGGAGGGCGGAUGGAGCGGGCGCGAUGGGCGCGUCUGGUUUGACUGCCUGCCUUGGUACAACUACCUUGCGUUCGACAUCAUCGGCGACCUCGCGUUCGGCGCCCCGUUCGGGAUGCUCGUCGCAUGCAAAGACUCCGCGCCCGUCGCGAUCUCCCAAAAGGCUGCCAUGGCCGGCUACGGCGACACGGAGGGCGCGGUCGAGGUCCAACACUUCCCCGCCGUCCAGGUCCUCAACGACCGCGGCGAGUACUCGGCCACGAUGGGCGUCCUCCCCCCGAGCUGGCGGCCGCUCGCGAAGAAGCUCCCGUGGUUCGCGCGGGGCAGCGCGGCUGUGCAGCGCCUCGCGGGCAUCGCCGUCGCCGCGGUCGCGAAGCGGCUCGCCGCGCCCGCCGCGGACCGCGUCGACCUCCUCGCGAAGCUCCAGGAGGGCCGGGACGACGACGGGCAGCCCAUGGGCCGCGAGGAGCUCACCGCGGAGGCGCUCACGCAGCUCAUCGCGGGCUCCGACACCACGUCCAACUCCUCGUGCGCGAUCACGUACCACCUCGCCCGGAACCAGCACGCGCAGCGGGCGCUCCAGCAGGAGCUCGACGCCGCGCUCGCGAACGAGGACGACCCGGUGACGUCGUUCGAGGCCGUCAAGCGCCUGCCGUACCUCGACGCGGUCAUCAACGAGGCCCUCCGCGUGCACGCGACGUCCGGGAUCGGCCUCCCUCGCCUCGUUCCCCCCGGGGGGCUCACCGUGUCCGGCCACCACUUCCCCGAAGGCGCCGUGCUGUCUGUGCCGACGUACACGAUCCACCGGGACCCGAAGGUCUGGGGCGAGGACGUGGACGCGUUCCGGCCGGAGCGCUGGUUCGAGCAGGACAAGGCGGAGAUCCAGAAGGCGUUCAACCCGUUCUCGUUCGGACCGCGGAGCUGCGUCGGACGGAACUUGGCGAGCUUGGAGCUUCUUGUGAUCGUAGCGUCUAUCUUCCACCGAUACCACUUCGUGCUGGAAGAUCCGGACAAGCAGCUGGAGACCCGCGAAGGAUUCCUGAGGAAGCCGGUGGAUUGUAUGGUCGGCAUGAAGCGCCGACAGCUUUGA